CAGAGCAACCAGCUCUAAAUUUAGUAGCUGAGCAAUCAACUCCAAGUACAGCAGUAGUUAAGCCACCAGCUCUAAGUAUAAUCAAGCCAUCGGCUUCAAUAGUAGUAGAGCCAUUGGCUCCAAAUG